AUGGCUCCAAAGCGUCCUCCGCCCGCUCAAUCCUAUAGCGAACCCAAGAAGAAAAGAAAAAUGAUGACGGUGCACGAGAAAGUUCAAUUACUGGACAUGCUUAACGUUGGCCACAGCUACAGUGCCUUGCAAACGGACACUAAGCGAGUCGUGACUCCUCGCAACAACACGAUUGUAAAAAUGGAAAAUGCACUAACAGUGUGGAUAUCGGACUGUCGGGAAAAGAAGGUGAGUCUCGACGGGAAAAGAAGACGGGAGGAAGAAGAAGAAGUAGUAGAAGAAGAAGAAGAAAAAGAAGAAGAAGAAGAAGAAGCACUCGUUCGAAAGAACGCGGGUGAGACAGCCAACAUGUCAACGAGGCAGCAGACAUCUACGGAGCAACUCUUUAGUAAAGUUGUCGAAGUCACCAUCAGUCGAGGCGGCAACGAAAGAUCAGAACACCUCCGCAUCACGGUUGCGCAUGAGUCGAGCAAAAGUACUGUUGACAAACACGAUCUUGUGGUGAGAUUAACGAAGGACACGGAUCCUCGCUUCCUCGUUCUGCUAGUACUUUCUGAUGCCGACUUCCAAAGUUUGAAAAAGGAGCAGGGGCUAGUGACCGAUUUCAGAUCAUUCCCGGAAUUGCUGAUUGAGCUUCUUCAAAAAUGUCAUUCUGAGCAGAAUUCCAGCCUGUCGAGGUUCCAACUGCUGCUCUCCUUCAUCCAGCCUAAAUGCCCCUUCCUGAGCGUAAUGAAGACCAACCUCUUGAGGAAAGUUGAGGAACUUCGUUUGAGGGUCACAGAGGCCUCGGACAAGGAUGUGAUAGACUACAUGGCGGACUGUCUGUCCUUGCUCAAGAAAGAAAAAGAAAGCCUGGAGAUGGAACUGCAGACAGUCAAAGGCGAUCUCUACAACACAAAGCAGAUGUUGGCUGAGAAGAGCAAAGAGUUGGAGCGUCAGUGCUUGGAUUGGAGAAGCAGUCAUGCCGACGAGUUGCGGACUGAGAGGGCGAUGUCGGCCAAGGCACAGAAAAGCUUGGAGCUGCAGAUUCAACAGAUGCAGCAACAAUUUCAAGAACAGGAGACCACUCACAAGUCGACGCUAGACCGCAUUGAGUUACUGGAGGCGAAUUGCAGCAGUCUGUUAGACAUAAAGCAAAAAAACGAGGCCGCGAUCAGUGACCUGACGUCCAAGCUGGAGGAGGAGCGCCAGUGCGCCAAGCGGGACACAGCUUCACUGAAGCAUGAGAUUGCCUCUCUGAACACAGCGCUGGACAACAAGGAGCACCUGUUCAAGCGCUUGGUCCAGGACAAGGAGCAGCAAACGAAACAAAGCAAGGAGAUGCUGAAGGAGAUGAUCGAGAGCAAAGAUGCUCUGGUGAAAAAGCUGAAUUCGGAGGUUGCCUUUUUGUCUGCCGAUGUGAAGAAGGGCAACGAUAUCAUCAGGAAGUUUCAGGACGAUGUGAGAGUUCUGCGAGAGAAAAACAGCAUUAAGAAAGAGGCGCUGGAGGCGCAGGAGGAGGUCGUGAAGGAUACUUCGGCAAAGCUGAGAUCGACACGGGAAGAAGUGCGGGCUAAGGACGAGCAGAUUGCGAAUCUGAAGGAGCAGCUGGAUGCGAGUUUGCAGAAGCUGGCUGAAAGCAAGGAGUUGUUACAGACCAACAACAACUUGAUCAAUUUUCUGAACAAGCAGCUGAACGAGAAGCAGUUAAUUGAGAGGUUUCCAGAGCCUUCAGAGAAUUUAUCAGCAGGACCUCGAGCACACUAUCACCAUCAAGCGAUGAAAGUUGCCGCUACAGAGGACCCUAUUCACAAGCGCGCAAUGAGUUACAGUGCCGGUCUGGAUGAGAAAUACUUCACGAAGCAGGAAAACAACAUCCCCGUUUCCAGUUUUCCAGCUGCUUUUGUUCCUAAAGAGUGUCCACCAGCUCCACGCAGCAAACCACCUGUGCCGUCGGCGUACUUUGCCUGUUAAACAUGCUGUUUUUGUUUGCAAGCUUUCCAGUCUUUUUCUGCUUGUUGACUUUUUGAUUUUUGCUUUUUCUUUCAUAUUUUUUAUCUUAAUAAGUUGACAAGUUUAUACUUCCUACCCUUUUUCAUGUACGUGGGAGUUUGUUAGCUUUUUAAUGUUUUGUCUUUGUAUUUAAUUUUCUAAUUACCUUAUCUACUUGCCAGAUUGUUUGAAAUAAAA